UGGCAAAACCACUACUAGCUCGCAAAUUUGGGAAGGAGAUCCCUACUCUCCUUAAUUAGACAGCAACCCAACCACCUACUAGGCCUUGGCUGUGAUCCGUGUUUGCACACUUUGAUCUGCAGGGUACAGAAUGGAGAGAACACUGAUCACCUCUAACCUCUCCAUGACUGCUCAUCCUUCAAGAUCAUCCAGAAGAGUUGGCUACAUCUCCCCUGCCGCCUCUGCUGCUGCACAAAACUCCAGCUACAGGAAGAAGAAGAGCACCCCGUCGGCCGCCGCAACCGCCACCGUCGUCACCUCCCCUCCGGCCACCGACAAUGUUCACUCCAAUGCUCCGAAGCAGGCCGAGCAACAGGACAAGGGAGAGCGCGUGGCGGCGGCCAAGACUAACACAUCAAGAAUUGGCACUGCAAGUACACGAACAAGGGCGCCGAGCCAGGCUCGAGCUCAGCCUCGCCGCCGACCUGCCCCGGCGGCCGCGUCCCUGCCGAUGGCGUUCUGCAGCGCGCUGGAGGAGGCGAUCAACACGUUCGUCGACCCGCCGGCGCUGCGGCCGUCGGUGGACCCGCGGAACGUGCUGUCGGCCAACUUCGCACCCGUGGACGAGCUGCCGCCCACGCCCUGCCCCGUCGUGCGCGGCGCCAUCCCGCGCUGCCUCGCCGGAGGGGCCUACAUCCGCAACGGGCCCAACCCGCAGCACCUCCCGCGCGGCCCGCACCACCUCUUCGACGGCGACGGCAUGCUACACUCGCUGCUCCUCCCGACGGCGGAGUCGCCGUUGUCCGACCCCAUCCUGUGCUCGCGGUACGUGCAGACGUACAAGUACCUCGUGGAGCGCGACGCCGGCGCGCCCGUCAUGCCGAACGUCUUCUCCGGCUUCCACGGCUUGGGCGGGCUGGCGCGCGGCGCCGUCGUGGCGGCCAGGGUGCUAACGGGGCAGAUGAACCCGGCCGAGGGCGUGGGGCUCGCCAACACCAGCCUCGCCUUCUUCGGCGGGCGCCUCUACGCGCUCGGCGAGUCCGACCUGCCGUACACCGUGCGCGUCGACCCGGCCACCGGCGAGGUGACCACGCACGGCCGGUGCGACUUCGGCGGCCGCCUCUUCAUGGGCAUGACCGCGCACCCCAAGAAAGACCCCGUCACCGGCGAGGUCUUCGCGUUCCGCUACGGCCCCGUGCCGCCGUUCGUCACCUACUUCCGGUUCGACCCGGCCGGGAACAAGGGCCCCGACGUGCCCAUCUUCUCCGUGCAGCAGCCGUCGUUCCUGCACGACUUCGCCGUCACCGAGCGGUACGCCAUCUUCCCGGAUAUCCAGAUCGUGAUGCAGCCCAUGGGCAUGGUAGCCGGCGGCGCGCCCGUCGGGGCCGACUCCGGCAAGGUGCCCCGGAUCGGCGUGCUCCCCAAGUACGCCACGGACGAGUCGGAGAUGCGCUGGUUUGAGGUGCCGGGGUUCAACAUCAUCCACACGCUGAACGCGUGGGAGGAGGCCGACGGCGAGGAGCUGGUGCUGGUGGCGCCCAACAUCCUGUCCGUGGAGCACGCGCUGGAGCGCAUGGAGCUCGCGCACGCCUGCGUCGAGAAGGUGCGCGUCAACCUCCACACCGGCGCGGUGUCUCGCGCCCCGCUCUCGGCGGGGAACCUCGACUUCGGCGUGAUCCACCCGGGCUACCUCGGCCGGCGCAACCGGUACGGGUACCUCGGCAUCGGCGACCCCAUGCCCAAGAUCGGCGGCGUGGCCAAGCUGGACUUCGACCGCGCCGGCACGGGCGACUGCACCGUGGCGCGGCGGGACUUCGGGGCCGGCUGCUUCGCCGGGGAGCCCUUCUUCGUCCCCGACGACGUGGAGGGGGACGGCAACGAGGACGACGGGUACGUGGUGUGCUACGUCCACAACGAGCACACCGGCGAGAACCGGUUCGUGGUGAUGGACGCGCGGUCGCCGCAGCUGGACAUCGUCGCCGAGGUGCAGCUGCCCGCCCGCGUCCCCUACGGCUUCCACGGCCUCUUUGUCACGAAGGCCGAGCUCCAGGCGCAGCAGCAAUGAUCAGAGCACCAUGCGAGCAGGAUUCCAAGAGAGUACGCACAAACUGAAUACUGAAUACUAGGUCAUAGUAUGAACAAAACUGUAGGUCUCGUAUAGCAUUCGAGUGUACGAAUUGUUGUAUUGUAAAUGUAGCAGAACCCAUACAAGGGUUUAGAGUUGAUAUGGAAACGCAAAGAUUUUAACGAGUUUUACUGGUGUA